AUGACAACUCUGGCUGGAGCUGUCCCCAGGAUGAUGCGACCCGGCGCCGGGCAGAACUACCCCCGCAGCGGGUUCCCGCUGGAAGUCUCUACUCCUCUAGGCCAGGGCAGAGUCAAUCAGCUCGGAGGAGUGUUUAUCAAUGGCAGGCCUUUACCCAACCAUAUCCGACACAAGAUAGUGGAGAUGGCCCACCAUGGCAUAAGGCCCUGUGUCAUCUCUCGCCAGCUGCGAGUGUCCCACGGCUGCGUCUCCAAAAUUCUCUGCAGGUACCAGGAGACGGGCUCCAUCCGGCCGGGGGCCAUCGGCGGCAGCAAGCCCAAGCAGGUGACGACGCCGGACGUUGAGAAGAAAAUCGAGGAAUACAAGCGGGAAAACGCGGGCAUGUUCAGCUGGGAGAUCCGGGACAAGCUGCUGAAGGACGGGGUGUGUGACCGCAACACGGUGCCGUCAGUGAGCUCCAUCAGCCGCAUCCUGCGGAGCAAGUUUGGGAAAGGCGAGGAAGAGGAGGCCGAGCUGGAAAGGAAGGAGGUGGAGGAAGGCGACAAGAAGGCCAAGCACAGCAUUGACGGCAUCCUCAGCGAAAGAGCCCCAAUAUCACCCCAGUCUGAUGAAGGCUCUGACAUCGAUUCUGAACCAGAUUUACCUUUAAAAAGAAAGCAGCGUCGUAGCAGGACAACCUUCACAGCAGAGCAGCUGGAAGAGCUGGAAAGAGCUUUUGAGAGGACACACUAUCCUGAUAUUUAUACCCGGGAAGAACUUGCGCAAAGAGCCAAACUCACGGAGGCUCGUGUUCAGGUCUGGUUUAGUAACCGUCGUGCUAGAUGGAGGAAACAGGCAGGAGCCAAUCAACUGAUGGCUUUCAACCAUCUGAUCCCAGGAGGAUUUCCACCCAGUGCCAUGCCAACUCUGCCGACGUACCAGCUCUCUGAGCCCUCCUAUCAACCCACCUCUAUACCGCAAGCUGUGUCUGAUCCAAGCAGUACCGUCCAUAGACCUCAGCCUCUCCCUCCAAGCACUGUACACCAAAGCAGCCUCCCUUCGAAUCCAGAGAGCAGCUCUGCCUAUUGCCUACCCAGCACCAGGCAUGGAUUUUCCAGCUAUACAGACAGCUUUGUGCCUCCGUCCGGGCCCUCAAAUCCCAUGAACCCUGCCAUUGGCAAUGGCCUUUCACCUCAGGUAAUGGGACUCCUGACUAACCACGGUGGUGUGCCUCACCAGCCCCAAACUGAUUAUGCCCUGUCCCCUUUAACUGGGGGCCUGGAACCCACCACCACAGUCUCAGCCAGCUGCAGCCAGCGGCUAGAUCAUAUGAAGAGUUUAGACAGCCUGCCUACAUCCCAGUCCUACUGCCCACCAACCUACAGCACCACGGGUUACAGCAUGGACCCUGUCACAGGCUACCAGUAUGGACAGUACGGACAAAGUGCCUUUCAUUAUCUGAAGCCAGAUAUUGCAUAA